GAGAAAGAGUCAGACUGGGGUGUGUGAGUCACAUCUGGAAUAGUAGCUACAGAGGAAGAGAGAAGCAGAACCUCGGUGAUACUUUCCCAACUCUUCACUCCAGUACUCCCUUUUUUCACGGAAACAAACUUCUUGCUUUGCCUUUUUAUCCACUUCAAAAUGCUGCUCAUCUUGCUUGGAGUGCUUAUCUUGCACCUUAUCAUUCUCAUUCUUCUCAUUGUGUCAACAGCAGCCAGCACCUGGUCUGUAGGUGUUGGUGGCAGGAGCACAGAUCUAUGGUCCAAUUGCAGGAUAGCUAAUGGAGGCUACCAUUGCAUCCAAGCCAGCAAUGAAGACUGGAUCCAGGCAGUGCAGGCCCUCAUGAUCCUGUCCUUGCUCUUCUGCUUCUUCUCCCUCAUUGCCUUUCUGUAUCAGCUGUUCAGACUGGUCAAGGGCGGACGCUUCUUCUUCACCGCCAUCUUCCAGAUCUUGGCUAGUCUGUUUGUGAUGUGUGGGGCAAUCAUCUACACUGUGAUGAGUCCGGAUGAUAGCACCUUACAUUUCGGCUACGCUUACGUGCUGGCCUGGGUGGCUUUCCCUCUCUGUCUCAUCAGUGGCCUCAUUUAUAUCGUCCUGAGGAAGAAAGAAUGAGAGAAGGAGCAGAGCAGAAACGGAGAGGAGGGGUACUAAGAAGACCCCUUACCACAACAUCGCACUGUGCCUACUGCCCACAGACCAUAGACUGACAUCCCAACAAUACAACAAAAGUGCAUGUGUCACUAACUAUUGUAAACACAAGAAGGAGACAUUUAUCACUGCUGGGGAUCUUUUUUUUGUGUAUUUCGGAACCAAUUAUGUUGCCAUCAGAUGCUGAAAAAUAUCACACGUAUCUGCUUUGUGAGUUUUAACAAAAGCCAAGUGUCACUACACAUGAUUCCUGUGGUGACAGAGUGUCUUGAAAAUGUGUUUAGAAAUGUGUUGGUGACAUGUUGACUUUUGUUGCAUACUGGCAUCCUACAGUGCUUCCACAAAUACAUCGAGUGUGAUAACAAAGACGAGUAAUCCUGCCUUGAUUCAGUACAAAGAUGUACAUAGUGUCUGUGGUUUUUAGACAUAUUUAUAACAUUUUUACAUACAUUUUGUACAUAGUGUUGUCAAGUUAACAUUGUCAUGCUCCUUUACGUGAUAGAGUUUGUGUCUCUCACAAAUCAUGCAGCUGUGCCAAAGAGAUGUCGCUUCAACUGCCAGAGUAUCAAGCUUUUUAAAUUGUUUUUUUGAGUGUCAAAUGCUUUGGUCAUUGUGCCUUAACUUAGAAUAUCUAUGUUUUUCUUGAAGGAAAUGAGAAAAUCUCAGAAAUUAAAAAAAUAACAAUGAGAAGAAUUAAUUUUUGUCUGAAUUAUUACACUUGAUAUUCCAAAUAAAAAAAUGUUGCAUUUUGUAAUCUAAUUUUGAAAAAAUGGUGCUUUUUAUCUACUAUUCUUGAAAUGUAUAGCCCACUUUGUGUUUGUGUAUCUACCCUGCAAGUGUGUCAUGUCCUGUGAUUAAUUUGCUUUGUACAAACCCAAGUUUGCAUUUUUGUCAGUAUUCUUCUAAAUAAACCUUUGGAAAUUAA